CAAAUAAUAGCUGCGAGACGAAAUGAAGAUUAUGCAGAAGUUAUUAAAAGACGACAAAGACACGUUUUUAGUUCAUACGACAUCCCUGAUGAACGAAAGGAAUCCCAUCGUGGACCGGAUCAUGGACAGCGAUACUGUGGAUACAGUCAUCAUGGCUAACAAGGAAGGUUCCCCAAUCCUAACGAACAUCAACCUGUCUGUCUCCACGCGGUACGCCACGCGCAUGCAGCGUCUGGGCACCAUGAUCCACCACUUGGUCAUGGAGCUGGACCCGUUCGACGAGCCACUAGUGUUCCGUGUAAAGAGCAGCAAGGAAGAAGUGAUGGUGGCCCCGCACCGGGAGUUCAGCAUCAUCGUCGUUCAGAGGGAGAAGGAUAAGAAACCCCCACAGAAGGCGAAAUAA